AUUAUAAAAAUGUAUAAAUUUUCAGAAUGAGUGGAGAAGUUGGAUCCAACGAAUGCCUUGUUUCUACCAAUGAAGUUCAAGAAGAUUCUCCAGCUGUGACCGAGUCAUCAAGUACGUUUUUUUUUGCCUUUUAAAUUGUAGUAUUAUUCAAGAUAAUUUCAGUUUUUAGAAUCCAAUAAAUCUGACUAAUUCAUUAAAAAUUAUCUUUUUCAGGCGCCAACGGAUCUUCACCAGUUCGUCGCGGACGCGGACGUCCACCAAAGGGAACCAAGGUCCCAAAAGUCAAGCCGGCUCCAAAGCCGUAUUCUGGAGCACCACGUGGCCGCCCACGCAAGUCUGACCAAGUUGCCAAGUCUCCAGUUGCCAAGUCGCCAGUUGCUUCAUCGUCCGCCGAUGCUUCUCCAAAGCGUUCUCGUGGAGCACCAAAGAGCUACGCUGAGGAUGUUGCUGCAACGAAGCCAGCCAAGACUGAUGUCGCCACACCGGCUCUUGCUGCUUUGACUGGAGAGAAGAAGGGACGUGGACGCCCAAAGAAGAAUUAGAUCCAAGGAUCUUCAUUAACGGUCUCCUCUUCGUCUCAUUUUAAGAUACUCCGACCUUUUCACUUUUAAUUUCCUGAGCCAUUAUUUAUGUAUUUAUGAUUUUUGAACGUCAAGUGAGUGUGAAAAUAAAUAAAAUUAAAUUUUCAAUGCAAUUCGAUCUCAAAGACCUCUUAUCAACCAAAAUGAUUUCGAGCAAGUCAAAAUGAGCAGCUUCAAGUGGUGUCAGGCUGUCCCAUCGCCCCACUGCACACAAACAGCGGGAAAUAGUUCUUCAACUUUUGUGACGUCACAGCGCAAUUUUGAAUAUGUAUUCUCCCGCCUUUCGUGUGCAGUGGAGCGAUGUGACAGUCUGACACCACGUGAACGGAGGAAUACGGUGCCCCGAUUCGAAACGAAUAAAAUUUUGUAGCUACCGUAAGGUUAUAUAUUUUUUCUAUUUUUUGGUGGGGUUUGCCAGGCGUAAAGACAAAUCAACUAAUUAUUUUCACUCGAAUUUGGAACUAACAAUUUAUGUAGAUUUUCCAAAUUUUGAAAGCUUCCAUAACCACCGAGUGCAAGCAGAAACAGUGUAUUUUCAGUCAUACCUUUUAUGAAACAUUUUGAGAUUGAAUGGAACUGACCAUUAUAUAUAUUUCUGCGUUUUUUUGAAAUUUUCAUUUUUCGGUGAGGUUUGCCGGGUAUAAAAACUAAUCAACUAAUUAUUAUCACUUGAAUUUCAGAAAUUAUCAAAAACUUAAUGGGUGUGUCCAUCAGCAAAUUUCAUAAUCUCUUUUGUAGCCGAACUUAUGUUAUCAGUUCUUCCGUACUUUCCCGAUGCCAUUAUUUAAACUAAUCAGUCGCUGAUAGUUUGCUAGUUUACUCAAUUUGUGAAAUGCACUUUUCCUUCAUUUUCCUGGUACUGGUGUACCUGACAUUUGCCUUUGGUGACUCUUUGAUCUGUAACAACGGAUUUACUGUAGUAAACUCUAACAAGUGCUUGAAGCUGUUUAGCUCAGCGGUGAAGCACCGGACAGCUGAAGCCAACUGCGCAUCUUAUGGAGGAACUCUAGUGAAUAUUAGAAAUUCUAUUGAUAACCGAGCAGUCACCCAGUUUGUUGGAAAUAUUGGCUUGAGCUUCUGGAUUGGUGUCUACUGCCUGGAAUCCAAUAAUCCAUCUUCUUGCUAUUUUGAUGAUGACCUAGGAACUGAUACCGCUUUCAACAAUUUUGCAAAAGGAUUUCCAAAUACCGAUAUUGGAGGAUGUGUCUACAGUGCAACUAGUGGGUCUUUGGCUGGACAAUGGAUUAGUUCAGAGUGUGAUAAUGUGGAAAUGGCAUAUGUUUGUGAAAUUCCGAUGACAAGAGCAGAUUCCUGCGCUCACAAUUACAAUGGCUACUGCUACAUAAUGUCUCAUGAAAACUCGACAUCUCCCAUCCUUUCAUUCAAUGAUGCCUACAAAUCCUGUCAAGACAACUGUGCAAACCUGGUCUCUAUUCACUCGAGAAGAGAGCUCAGCUACAUUCAAGGAAUCUACAGCCCAUUCAAUAUAUCGAGUGUUACAAUUGGCGGUCUAUCAACGGCUCCCAUGGCUCCAUAUUGGUCUGAUCUUAGCCACUGAGACUUUGCUCACAUAAACCCUCGUACUGGAACCACUGGAAACUGCUUUCAAAUGGCAGUUAAAACUGAUUUAACUUGGUCAAAAUCUGAUUGUGCAGCGACUCAGUAUUUCCUGUGUAAACGUCCAACUGGUAUAACCUGUGGACCACCAACGCCAGCCCCUCCUGUGAUUAUCACACCAGCGCCAACGAAUCCAUCAGGAUGUAACUCAACUGCUCUUUUUGAUGCCGGAACAAUUACUUCGCCCAAUUAUCCUAGUACUUUUCCAAUCCCCUCAUAUUGUGUUUAUAAGUUGACAACUCUUGGUGCAUACCGUAUUGGCAUAUAUUUCUCGGAUCUCUCCAUGUCCCAAAAUUCAUACGUUCUAGUGUAUGACUCAAAUGGAUCACUGAUUGUUUCUCUGACGCGAUCUUCAUCGUUGGGAAACUAUUACAGCAGCUCCAACACAAUGACUGUCUCUUUCACAAGUGGGAAUUAUAAUGGAUAUCGUGGAUUUUCAGCAAAAUUUUUAUCCUUCUAACUAAAAAAUCAUAAAAUAAUAAAUCAUUGGAAUUAUU